AUGCGGCGGCCACCCCAACCACCCGUAUUCUUUGUUCUCGCGGUCGCAAAGCGCUGGCACGAAAAGGCAUGGGUAGGUAGGGUCCAAAUGCAGACACCCACUCAAGGGUCUUCAUGUCCGACCCUGCGUGACCUCGAAGUGUUCGUAAUGCUGCGACAACUGUUCCCACAGCCGCACUCGGUGUCGCGUGCCUGCAUGCUCCCCUCCCCCACCCCGUCAGACCAGUCAUCAUGCUCACAGUUUUAAGCUAAACAAAGCCCUCGAGUUUUCUGACUGGCCUGAACUUGCCACUAGGCGAGGGUGGUGUUGGCCUUGGGCGGCGCCUCUUCAACCGGCUGCCGUCGAGACAUGACCGCCGGCCCACUAUCACAUCCGGUAACCUCCCCCCCCCCCCAGCCCUACUACCCUAGGCAAUCUGAAAUGUAUUCACGUGCCCUGUGUUUGUUCAUUGUCCGAGUCACAUGACACGACGCAUGCAUGGAUAAGCAUACACGAGCUGCAAGAACCACCCCUACGACAUGGUGUGAUGGCGUUUUAGUCGCAUUUAACCACAGCAUGAAUUCUCCUAACUUCCACCUAAACGCACUUUCCCACCUCGGUAAGCCGGUGACCAGCCCUCCGGGUCAACUGGUAAGCCAGCGUACGGCCUUCGGAGAUGUUAACCGGGUAAACGGAUAAGAAAUCACCUCGGGUAUGAGUACAGCAAACGGCAAACAUAGGUUCUCCGCCUGAAUCUAACUGCUGCAGUAAAUCUGAAAGGAAACCCAAGAAGUUUACCCAAACUGCACAAGCGCGGUAGAAAAGACAGAGAAUAAAGAGCUCCGGUCGGCAAACAGAUUGAAUGCGGAGAAAUUUGCCUUGGUGUCUAGGCAAAAUAAUUAAUUGUUUAUGAAGGUAAUUCUACCUGGGCACUGACACACACCUAUCGCCUGCACUGUCCUAUGGGCAAAGCAAAAAUUAAUAACAUUAUUUGUAGACCGCGUCCAUUCAUAAGCAGCAUACGGCAACCGUCAGCAUCAGUUCCGAGAACCGGUUUGGCCGUAGAUAAAACUGGGCACAUAAGUAGUCGCAACUUCGUGGUUUGAUUGGUGUGGGGCAUGAUGAAGUAGGAUACUAAAUUAUUUAAUUUAACUUCCAUAAGCAUAAGUUUAUGGAAGUAGAACUUAAAUGUAAGGAAAGUCAAUGACUAAGUCCACUGUCUGUGUCAUAGAAGCACUACUAUAUCUUGAAGAAGGAUACGAGAUUGCUGAGACAAGAGCUUUAUUAGUCUGACGUUUCGGAUUCCUGCUCAAACCCCUCGUCAGAGACAAAGCAGAUACGGGUGGUUCAUGCACAAGGGGCUGCGAUAUUCAUAGUAUUCAGUCGUCAUGCUACCGCCUACCUAUAAAUAUUCACGGAUUGACUUUAUAAGACCACCAAAUAUCGAUGUGAAAAGUGCAUGCUAUUUAAGUAGUCAUUUUGCCGAGUGUCGUUCCAGCAGGAGAUGGAAAAGGAGUUCAUUCAAAAGCCGAUAUCGUGGCAAGUCCGAAAUACUAUAAGAUUGUGUCGUAUGAUAAUCAGUAUUACAAACCCACCUAAGUAAUCCUUCCUAAUCGAAAACGCAUUUCAGAAUUUCGGCUUAAAAUUUCAUAAGAUCAGUCACGCACUGUAGUUGUAUUAACAGCUGGAGCCGAGGUGACGAUGUUUUUCAUCAGUAGCUACCGUUGUGCCUAUCGUCCGUAGGAACACUUCCAUUCUUGUCUGUAAAAGUCUACAGUAUUAUAAUGGAGUGCCGGAGGUAUUGACUGCGUUGGCGAAAUUGGAAGACCUAGAAGACUAUUAUCACCGUCGACAAAAGCAGUAAUUAUUACUGUGGCAUUAGAUCCAGUUGCCGAAUCUGAAUAGUAUUAUUAGUCAAUAGGAGCGAAUAGACGAGUCCCAGGAAGCAGUCUUGAAGAAGGAUACACGAUCGCUGGGACAAAAGCUUCAUUUGUCUGACGUUUCGGAUUCCUGCUCGAACCCAUCAACGGAGACAAAAGCGGAUACGGGUGGUUCAUGCGCAAAGGGCUGCGGUAUUCAUAGUAUGCAGUCGUCAUGCUACCGCCUACCUAUGAAUAUUCAGGGCACCCUCCCCCUCCCCUUCAUCAGUGAUCGUUGCACUUGAUGAGCUGGCGAUUUGAUGGCCGACAUCGGCGUCGUUAAUUGCUGCAAUUUCAUCAUGUGCGUUGGAUGUUGGUGUGAUAAUGGCUCGACCAUCUGACCCACCGACCCUGAGGUUCACAUGUGCGCUCCCCGCGUGCCUAAUUAUUCCGCCUAGGCGAAGUCUCAGCAACGAGUACGGAAAGGAAAGGUCAUUGCACUUGUUAAUGGAAUGGGGAACCAGUAAACAAUGACUCAAGGAGCUCCCGGUGCAGGCGGUUGUCACCGCUUGCAAGAAUUUCGGCCUCGUCGAAUUUGAAGGUGUGGCUGGAUCUCGUCGAAUGAGCCGCAACUUCAGAGCUGGCGUCAUUUCUCCGCACCGUCACAGCGUGUUGGACCAUUCUCGUUCGAAGCUGUCUUCCAGUUUCUCCGACGUAGUUGCUUCGUCCGCAACUGCACCAGAUCCGAUAACCGACUACACACGUUCUUGCCGUGGCAACGGGUCUUUCGGUUUCAUUACCUGACGCCUGUUGGUUGCCUCCGGCCUGUGUGCAACUCCAAACCCAAGUGGUGUGAGAAGGCAGACGACAGCCCCCUAAACGUUCUUGACAUACGGAAGCGCUCAUUAAAAUUUAGUGUCCCCUCGGUUAGGCCUUUUGUCCCUUUUGCGUAUGCAUAGGUUGACAAAGUUGCACAUGUCGUCAUUGGCUUUGAGGUUCCGUCGGGGAUAUUGUGGGUCGGCAAUCCUGUCUUCCGGCUCACUAAAGUGCCUUUUCACACGCCGAUCGGGCGUCGUUACACAGCUGGGUUUGUGGCUGAUUGUGUGGUUGCUAUUGAAGUUCGGUACUUGCAUUACAUUUGUCGCUUUCCUGAGCACUUUGAUUUUUAGUCCAGUACAAUCUUUGCGGCAUACGAUGACAUCCAGGAAGGCCAGGGUGUUGUCCUCUUCCUCCUCCUACGACGUCUGCUGGAAGACUUCGGGUAGAAUUAAUACUACAAAUACUACUAAUGGAAUCAAUAAUCCGUCCGGCAAUAUUACUGCCAUCAAUGAGGCGGCCUGUACAAAGACAUUUCCUAGAACUGCAACAGUCAAUAGUUCUAUAUCUACGGCUGUCGGUAUUGCACUGUGGGCAGUGGCACUGUAAGCAGAAUUGUCAAUAUCUCUGCAGGUAAUAGAACUGUAGAACGGCGACUGUAUUGUUAUGGGUACUGCCAUCACAAGCAACAGUACAACCCUUCUAUAAAAUAUGGCAGUCAACGAAAACUGAAAUGAUUACCGCUGCGGCAACUGCUGGCUGCUGCUAUUGCUACGGCAAAUGGUUUAGGCUGUCGUGCAAGUCAAUACGAUUAAUAGGAAUGUCAGUAUGACUACUCGGUCAGAUGCCUGUAUUUAAACUGCAUACGGUAACUAACAAUAAUAAGCUUAGUGCUAGUACUACUACGGCUACCAUUUCCUCAAGGCGUCGCAACUAGUAGUACAUUAGGUGAGUUAACUCAUAAAAUGUCAACCGAGAUUCCAAAAUGCGUAUUCGUUUCGGAAAGCAUAAUUAAGCAGGGUCGUACUAUUAAUCAUAGUGCAGCGUAAUUCUGUAAUUAUUCAGUUACCUCAGGAAGCCGGCCUUUGAACAAACUCUUUAUCGACUGCAUGCAAAACUGCACUGAGUAAGAAAUGACUGUACGUGUAGCAUUAACGUUUUUCAUCCAUUUUUGAUGUGCAUGUACCAAAGGGGCUUGUAAAGGUAACUGUAUGCAUCAAAUCCACGAUUACAUUUUAUGAACCCCUUAUGGUGUCCUCUUAAUACUGUAGAGAAAUUAUGGUUUUUUUCGUACGCGGUGAAAUAUACGGCUUGUAGUCCGGAAACUCUGUAUGCAAAUGUAACGGUAUGUCGGGUUCAAAACUAAUCGGGAAUUGGAAAAAGGUUUUGAAAACCAAAUUAUACCCUUCUUUCGAGCACGAAAUUGAAAGAAGACGCAAUGUUGUACCAAAAGGGCAAAAGAAUGAGUAUUUUAACAUAUGUUUCCAUGAAGUGUAAUUGAACUUUUGAGGGCAUCAAAGAUCAGUGAGAAAAAUGCGUGCAAUCUAAGCAGUCAUUUUUACUGAGGAUAGUUUUUGCAUGCAGCCGUAAAGAAGUUCGUUCAAAGGCCUGCGUCCGGGAGUAACUGAAUUAAUAUAGAAUUACUUUGCAUGAUGAUGAAGCUUAUAACCCUACUUAAUUAAUCUGCUCGACACGAAAGCGCAUGUCGGAAUUUCGUUUGACCCACCAACUGUAAUUCUGAUGGUAAGGCUACUACUACGGGUAGUUCGACGACUACCGUCACUGAAAUAAGAGCUGUUUCUGAUGCUAUGGCAUAUGUUUCUCGUAGAAGAAGUACGGAAUGCAAGUGGACCUGCCCCAACUGAAGUCCAUAGAACUACAUUACUACAAGGAUGGAAACCGCAGUUGGUAUCGGGAAGAUGCCUAGCCCCAGGCGGCUACUAUACCGACUAUUGCGUCCAAUUCUACGGUGUAGUUGUAUUACCUCCACCUGUAGAAUAAUUACGUUCGCUAUAUUUACUACUUUUUAUACUACACCUGCAUUUAUUACUGAUACCGAGAGAACGUCUACGUCUUCGAAAUCGUCUUCCAUGGCUUAUACCCAUGCUUCCGCUGCUAGUACAACCAUUUCUGUCAAAACCAUUACUAUUAAUGCUGCUGCUACUGCUACUAUAACGACGACGACUACUACUAAUACUACUGCCAGCACGAUUACUGCGAGUACUAUUGCACUAACGGGCAGCAUAAUUGUCAUUAUUAGCACCACCACUAUUCUAAUGGCUACUGCGACAUAUGGUAAUGCUAAGACCGCAACACUACAUUCGCGACACCGAGAUUGAAGUCAAUCGACGCGCGUACCACUCUCAACAGUAGUAAGGCGGUAAGAAAUUUCGGUACCGCUGGCAUCACUACCACUACCCCAUCGGUAGAUGCAAGAUCUGCGCAGCGGAUACUACCUGAAAGACUGUUACUGCCAAUGGAUUUGCAACUAACACUACCGCUGGUAGCAGUGCCACUGUUAGUGAAAAGACAUACUGCGGAUGCUGGCAAUGCUUCUAAAAAUAAUGAGGUUAGGAAAUCAGGAACCGCUACGUAGACGACAACUACUACUAUUACGAAAGCCGCCGCCGUCAAUACUAGGAGGUUUAGUAGCGGAUGUGGUAGGAAUAUGAAAACUUCCACAGAUAUAACUACUGUUGCUCAACCCUUCUGCAGGCACAACUACAACAACUUAGUAAACUACAACAUCUACUGCCGGUACAACCACUAAAAUCACCAAUAGUGUUACUACCACUAACAGAACCUCUACUUCAAUUACUAAUAACGAUGCUCCUGGUACUAUUAGUAAUGCCACUGAUAUUACUACUAUUAUAACGAGUACAACGGAAAUGCUACAUAUCUAAAUACUAACUUGGCGGCAGCCAAUAGUACGGAAAAUAUUCUAAAUUCUACUAUUUUAGGAUGCGCGCGACAGAAGUAAUUACCGGUACUAGUAGGUCACCAACUAACAGAAUAACCUCAAUAAGUCUGCUGAAAUAAGGCUAGCUAAUGGGACUACUGCCGGUGUCCGAAGAAAUGCUACUGCAGGCAGUAGAUCGAAUGCACUCCGGGGAAAACCAAUCAUAGAACUUCUGCUAUGGGUGAAUGGCAGUAGUGAUUCUGCUAUUAAUAUUACUAAUACUACUACUACUACUACUACUACUACUACUACUACUACAGCUACGACUACAACUACAACAACUACCACAACUACUAAUACUAAUAAAAAAAAUAAUACCACAACUACUAAUAACAAUACUACCGCAAAUACUACUAAUACUACCACCACCACUACUACUGCUAAUACUACCAAUUCGACUAUUACUAAUACUACAACAACCACUACUACUAAUAAUACCACUACUACUAUCACCACUACUACUACAUCUAAUACCACUAUUAUUACCAACACUACUACUAGCAUCACUACUGAUACUACCACUACUACUACUACUACCAGCACCAAUAAUGCUGCUACUAAUACCACUACUACUACUACUACUACUACUACUACUACUACUACUACUACUACUACUACUACUACUACUACUACUACUACUACUACUAUAAUACUACUGCUACUGCGGCUGCCACUACCACUAUUACUAAUAUUAAUUCCCCUAUUACUACUACUAUUACUACCACUACUACUACUCGCAAUCCUACUACUACUACAACUACUACUUAUACAUAUGCUACUGCUACUAAUACAUCUAAAACCACUGCUGCCACGUCCACUACUACUACAACCAACACCACUAAUACUAAUAAUACUACUACCAGCACCACUACCACUGCUAAUACUAACAAUACUACCACUACUACUACUAAUACUAAUACUACAACUACUAAUACUACUACUGCUACUUCUUAUACUACUACUUCUAACACCGCUACAACUACUGCUGCCGCCACCACGAUAUUACUACAAAUAACACUACAAAUACAACUACUACUACUACUACUAAUGCUACAACUACUACAACAACAACUAACAGCAACAAUGGUAAUACUACUACUAAUACUACUACUACUACUAAUUCUACUACUAAAGCUACUACUACUACUACUACUACUACUAAAAUUACUACUAGCAGCAUCACUACUACUGCUAAUACUAACAAUAAUAAUACUGCCAUCACUACUACUUCUACUACUACUACCACCGCUACUACUAAUACUAGUAAUAUUACUAAUGCUACUGCUACUACUACGAUGUCCUCCAUACUGCUACUACUACUACUACUACCACCAAUACUACUUCCACUGCUUCUUAAACUACUACUACUACUACUACUAUUACUACCACUAUUAAUACCAUGAAUACUACUAGGACUUCUACUGCUACUACUAACACUACUAAUGCCAUUACUACCACUAUUACUAAUAUUACAACUAUGUCUAAAAUUACGACUUCUACUGCUACUAAUACUUCCAGUACUACUACCAUUACUACCACUACUACUAAUACUACUACUACUACUACUGAUACCACCACCACCAUACUACUACCACUACUACAACUACCACUACUACUAACACUACUAAUUCCGCCGCUACUACUACUGCUGUUACCACCACUACUUCUACUUCCACCACCACCACUGCUACUACUACUACCUCUAAUAAUACUACUACUACUACCGCUACUAACACUACUACAACUACUACUAGUACUAGUACUACUACUACUACUACUACUACUACUUCUACUACUACUACUACUACUACUACUAACUAUACUACAACUGCUACUAAUACUGCUACCACUACUUCUACUCCUAGUAUUAAUUCUGCUUCUUCUACUACUACUACUACUACUACUAAAAGCACCACUUCUUCUACUAACACCACCAAUACGACUAAUACUUACACUAUAAAUAUUACUACUUUUACUACUGCUGCUAUUACUACUACUACUACAAAUACUACUACUACUUCUACUACUACUACUACUACUACUACCACUACUACUACUAGUUCUUCUAUUGCUUCAACUGCUGGAAAUACUGCUACCCCUGCUAAUAAUUCCACUACGCUGAUGCCACCACGACUACCACCAUUAAUAAUGGAACUACUACUAUUUGUAAUACUUCGACUAAGACUAAUACUACUACUACUACUGCUACCACUACUACUACUACUACUAAUUCUUCUACUACUACUACAACUACUACUACUAGUAAAACUACUACUACUACUGCUACUGCUCUCACAACAUCUACACUUAAUACUUCUACUAAUGCUACUGUUAAUUUUACUGCCAAUACUAUUAAUACUGCCAUUACUAUUGCUGCUCUCACUACUGAUAUUACUACUGCUCAUAUUACUACUACCACUAAUGAUACUACUACUACUUAUAAUUAUACUACUGCUAACUAUACAUCUUCAACUACUGAUGCCACGUUCGAUUUUACUACAACCACCACCACUAAUAAUACUAAUAAUACUACUACUACUACUAAUGCUACUACCACCGCUACUACUGCUGCUGCCACCACCACCGUAAUACUGCAACUACUACUUCUACCACUAAUACUACUGCUACUAGCACUACUACUAUUACUAGUACUACUUCAACUACUACUACCACUACUAAUACUACUGCUGCUACUACUACUACUACUACUGCUACUACUACUACUGCUACUAUUACUACUGCUACUACUACUGCUACUACUAUUACUACUGCUACUAAUAAAAUACGGCUACUUCUACCUAUAAUACUACUAUUAAUACCAAUAUUACUACUAUUAAUACUGCUCCUUUUGUACUACAACUACUACUACUACUAAUACUACUACUAGUACUACUACUACUACAACUAAUACCAGCACCACAACUACUGCUACUUCUACCACUAAUACUACUACUACCACUACUAAUUUUAGUACUAAUACUACUAAUACAACUACUUCUGCUACAUCUGCCACUACUUCUACUAGUAUUGCUACCACGAACACUACUACUAAUUCUAGUACUACUUUUAAUACUACUGCUACCACCGCUACUACUACGAAUGCCACCACCAACAUACUACUACCACUACUUCGAGUACCAUUACUACUAUAACUACUAAUACUACUACCACUACUAACACUAAAAUUACUACUAAUACUACUACUAUUACUGCUGCUACUACUACUACCACUAAUACUACUACUACUACUACUAAUACCAGCAGCACAACUUCUGCUACUUCUACCACUAAUACUACUACUACCACUUCUAAUUCUAGUACUACUAUUACAACUACUUCUACUACAUCUGCCACUACUUCUACUAGUAUUACUACCACGAACACUACUACUAAUUCUAAUACUACUAUUAAUACUACUGCUAUCACCGCUACUACUACGAAUGCCACCACCACCAACAUACUACUACCACUGCUUCCACUACCAGUACUACUAUAACUACUAAUACUACUUCCACUACUAACACCAAAAUUACUACUAAUACUACUACUACUACUGCUACUACUACUACUACCAACACCACUACUACUACUACUACUACCACCACCACUACUACUAUUACCACUAUUACUACUUUAUUACUGGUGCUUUUGCUGCUACUACUGCUACUUCUACUACUACUACUACUACUACUACUACUACUACUACUACUAGUACUACUACUACUACGACUAACACUACUACUACUACUACAACUUCUACUUCUACUACUGCUUAUACUACUAUUAACACUACUAAUACUUCUGCUACUACUGCUACUACUAAUUCUACUACUAGUAUUAUUUCUGCUACUACUACUAAUGCCACCGCCACUACUACUACUACUACUACUACUACUACUACUACUACUACCGACACCACUACUACUACUACUACCACUAUUACUUUUAUUACUGCUGCUAUUAUUGCUACUACUAUUACUACUACUACUUCUACUACUACUACUACUACUACUACUACUACUACUACUAAUGCUAUUACUACUUUUACCCCUGCUACUAAUGCCACUACGCUGAUGCCACCACACCUACCACUUUAUUUAAUGGUACUACUACUGAUUAUUAUACUUCGACUAAGUCUACCACCUCUACUACUACUACUACUACUACUACUUCUACUACGACUACUACUACUACUACUCCGAAUACUGCUACUAAUAGAAAUACUACCACUACUACUCCUAAUACUAUUACUACUACCGCUGAUACUACUACUACUGAUACUACUACUACUACUACCUCUACUACUACUCCUAAUUCUACUACUACUACUAUUGCUAUUACUACUUCUACCCCUGCUGCUAAUGGCUCUACUCUGAUGACACCCCAACUACCACUUUUUAUUAAUGUUACUUCUACUUAUUUUAAUACUGCGACUAAGUCUACUACCUCUACUACUACUACUACUACUACUACUACUACUACUACUACUACUUCUACCACUACUACUACUAUUACUACUACUUCUACUACGACUACUACCUAUAUUGCUACUCCUAUGUCUACUACUACUACUUCUACUACUACUACGACUACUACUACUCCGAAUUCUGCUACUACAACUACUACUACAACUGA